CACUUCCACACUUCAGACUCUUGCAGCUCGGUAAAAAUAAUCUGGAGGAGAGACGAGAUGCUACAUAGGUUAUUGCUUUCCGGUAUCCUUGGGAUGUCCAUAGCCUAAACCCUAACCUCAACUGUUACCUUAAUUUAACCCUUUUGAAUUUGAAUUUCAAUAUAGUGACGUCAGAGUGUGGACAUCCGAAGGAUCCCAUUUAGAUCCUUGCUUGAUAGUCACUGAACGCCCGCGCUAUACAACCAGUGUUUGAUAGAGUGCCAUUCAAAAGAACGCAGUUGUGAAUUCAUUAUAAUGUGCCUGUCUAAACUCGUAUACCUUACCUUAUUGAGACAAAACGGAGUUCAUUUUGUAUUACUAGAAUGGAUAUGGAAUGUUCAUGAAGAGCGCGCAAAGAAGUCGCGUUGAUUGAUUCAUCCGAUCUUGAACAAAUCAAGCCUACAAUUCGGAUGUUUGAUGCUGGCUCUGGCAGACAAUAACUUUCCAUGGGUUUUACAGAGAGAGGACAGGGGACCCUCUCCAUCAGCAACACCAAGAUCAAGACCAGGAGAAGAACACAUUCAGCUGAGACCUUCAGGGGAGCGUUAUCCGACAAGAACUCACACUCUACUAUGAGCUGCAUGUGAGGUUGUCAUGAGUAAUUGGGCUGAAGUCACCCUUGCUAGUGGAGGAAGAAGAAUUCAUCUGAGAUGACUCAUGUUCGAUUGCCCCUAAAUGAACCCUCAUCCUGGAAUAAUACUUAGCACCUGGUCAGGAAACAGCUGUGAGCUGUCUAUUACAAAGUCCAGGGCCCCCCAAAACACUACACCAUUGAAGGGGAAAAACGAAUCACAGAUUAAUUGAGAAUUGCCGUGUCCAAAAGUUUCCUCUGUUUUAAGCACCAUAUGUGGUGUUACAGUACCUGGUGUGCCUACAGCAACAUUUGGAGCAGUCAUGAUAGAUGAACCCUCCACUGCUCCUCCACACACCUCCAUCCCACAAUAGAUGUGCCUUGACGGCAGAUGUGCCUCGAAGUCCCUCCCCUCUGACAUCCCCAUCCCCCUCCACACAGCCCUGUUCCAUCCGGUCUACAGCAUGUCUCUCACAGACUACAAACAUGGUGCAAUUCCUCAAAUGGACUACACAUAUGGCCCACCCUGCCCUAUGUAAGUUGAGAACUACAGGAAGAGACGCACAAUGCCCUGUUUGGACGAUGGGGAUAACAGCCGCAGAGGCCUGCCCAGUGUCCUAGAGUUGAGGCGAGUUCCUCAAUGGUCAUUGGGGCCCCUGAGGAGUGUCAGAAAGGUCAAGGUUAUCAGCUUCCUGCUAGGAUUGACAUUGACCUUCCUCAUCAUGGCUUCUUACAUCUUAACCUGGGAUAAAAAGGGUCUGAUGCUGACCCUGUCACCGUUCCACCUCAGGACUAUAGUCAACCCAAGCAGCACCCUCUCCCAUAACCUGUCUUCUACCAAGGACUAUGCCAACAUUAAGCUCCUGGUGAAGUGCAUUACAUCUAAGCUUGAGUUCAGCCCAAGGAAGCUGCCUCCUCUGAAGGACGUUGUCAAUACGGACUCUCAUUUGUUUUCCGUUAUUCCUCAUCAGUUCCUGCCCAAUAUCAAGAGUCCAUGCUGGUAUGAGGAGCUCUCUGGGAAAACCAAAUUGGAUCCUUACAGUAAGAACUUGUAUGCAGUUCGCUCUAAGAGUUUCCGGACUGUCUGUGACUACCUAAGGAAACAUUUCCAGGAACACUUGUACCACAGUGACGACAACAAGCAAUAUCGCCUGCGCUGUCUGCCAUAUUUCUACAUCAUUGGCCAGCCCAAAUGUGGCACAACGGACCUGUUUCACAGACUGCUGCUACACCCGGAGGUCAAGUUCACCACCAUGAAAGAGCCCCACUGGUGGACAAGGAAAAGGUUUGGUAUCAUCCAUCUUAAAGAUGGCCUCCUAGAACGCUUCCCUGUGGAGGAUUACCUGGACCUGUUUGAACUGGCUGCCUACCACAUCCAGGAGGGAAUACUGGGGAAUACCUCUGGAGACCACAGCCAGCGACACAUUAUUACAGGUGAAGCAAGCGCAUCCACAAUGUGGGACAACCAAGCCUGGAGCUAUCUCUAUAACUACCGGGCAGAUGGGGAGCCUCCUUUCCUGGCCCAGGACUUCAUCCACGCAGUUCAGCCCAACGCUAAAAUCAUUGUCAUGCUCAGAGACCCAGUAGAGAGGUUAUAUUCAGACUACCUGUACUUCAACAUGGCUAACAAGUCUGUGGAGGACUUUGACCUGAGGGUCUCAGAAUCCCUACAGCUGUUUGAGGCUUGUUUAGCAGAAAACUCUGUACGUUCCUGUGUCUACAACACUAGCCUCUCCAAUGCCAUGACGGUCAGACUGAACCUAGGUCUGUAUAUUGUCUUCCUGCUGGACUGGUUGACUGUCUUCCAUAGAGAUCAGAUCCUAGUUCUGCAGUUAGAAGAUUACGCUGCCAAUCUGAGACUCACCAUACAUAAAGUGUUUGACUUCCUAAAUGUGGGGCCUUCAUCUGAGCAGACGGAGGCAGCUCUCACCAAGAGGCCCAUGUCCAACACACGGAGGGCAGCAGACAGGAGCCUGGGCCCCAUGCUACCCAGCACCAGGGACCUCCUCAGGGAGUUCCACCAGCCAUUCAACCACAAACUGGCCACAAUCCUGGACAACAAGGCCUUCCACUGGACAGAGACAUAAGGAAUGGCUCCAUCUCAGAUGGAUACAGACCUGAGGAAUCCUGUACUAAAUCCCCCAUGGUCAUUUGAGUCCUAUGAGAUGAACUGUCAAGUGGGAUAAGCCAUGGACAUGAAUUAAGUCACAAUGGGAGAACAUAUAGUCAGUAAAAUGUCUGAGGUGCUCUGAAGACCUGAACAAUGCAUCUGUCUAGUGCUUGAAGUUUUUCCUUUUGUUUGCCUUUCGUGAUGAUGGUGGUGCCCUUAUACUGUAUGUUGGAGAAUAGUUUGCUUUUUGUAGGAGACUCCUGGAAACUGACUGGGGUAGAGCCUGGUGGACUACUCCCUCUAGUGGGAAAGCUUUAACACGACAAAUAUUGAGAGUAAAAAGAGAGCCUUCACAUGCUAAUGAUUGAUCAUUUUGAUAUACUGUUUGCCACUGGGUAUUUCCCUCUCAAUCAUUGUGAAACCAUUAUGUAAGAAACAAUAUGGGAGCAAACAGCACAAUGGAUUUUAUCAUGAUGUUGCCUUCAAUUGUCUUAUAAAACAAACAUGAAACACCCUGUCUUCAACGCCAUACACUCUAUUCAAUUAAGUAAAGGGCGAAGAAGUGACCACAUGGUCAUAACCUGCUUUUUUAAUGUGAAAUAUGUUGAUGCCAUUCUACACUGGCCUAGACACACAAUGGACAAAUCCUCACACCAGAGGGCAACAGAACCACAGAGACACGCUAUGGAAUCUCAUUUCCCGCCAAUGCAAGUCUAUCUUCUCACCAAAGACUGGCAUAUUUGUUUCCAACUUAUAUUUUCCGGUAGUUUUCUUGUUUGUACACGCUCUGCACAUGGACACAUUUUACCUAAACUCAAGCGUCAAGCCUAACUUGCCUGACGGGCCGCCCCGAGGUGGUGAGGGUAGGCGACAACACAACCGCCACGCUGACCCUCAACAUGGGGGACCCUUAGAGGUGCAUGCUUAGUCCCCUCCUCUACUCCCUGUUCACCCACGACUGUGUGGCCGCACAUGACUCCAACACCAUCGUUAAGUUUGCCGAUGACACGACGGUGUUAGGCCUGAUCACCGACGAUGAUGAGACCGCCUAUAGGGAGGAGGUCAGAGACCUGGCAGUGUGGUACCAGGACAACAACCUCUCAUCUUGGAGCACCAAGUCUGGGAGCUAAAGGCUCCUGAACAGCUUCUACCCCCAAGCCAUAAGACUCCUGAACAGCUUCUACCCCCAAGCCAUAAGACUCCUGAACAGCUUCUACCCCCAAGCCAUAAGACUCCUGAACAGCUUCUACCCCCAAGCCAUAAGACUCCUGAACAGUUAGUCAAAUGACUAGCAGGACUAUUUGCGUUGACCCCCUUUUUUUUUUGCACUGACUCUCUUGCACUGGCUCUAUGCACACUCACUGGACUCACACACACUACACUGACACUCCCUCCAACACACAAGCUCACACACACAAAACACAUGCAUAUUGGCGCCACACGCGCACACACACACACAAACUAACACAUAGAAACACUUUCACACUCUUCACAUACGCUGCUGCUACUCUGUUUAUUAUCUAUCAUGAUUGUCGAGUCACUUUUACCCCAGCCUACAUAUACAUAUUACCUCACCUCAACUAUCUUGUACCCCUGCACAUUCGGUACUGGUACCUAUUGUAUAUAGCCUUGUUAUUGUUAUUGUAUUGUGUUACUAUUGCCCAUUUUUAUUUAGCAAAUUGUUCUUACUUUUUAACUCUGCAUUGUUGGGAAAGGGCUUGUAAGUAAGCAUUUUAUGGUGAAGUCUACACCUGUUGUAUUCGAGCGCAUGUGACAAAUAAAAUGUAUUUGAUUUGAUAACUUACCAGCCACCCACUUGAAUCUGUAGUCAAUUUUUUAUGUGUCUCAGCACAGGUUGACGUGUUUGACUCAAAUCACACCCUACACUGAGUAUACAAAGCAUUAGGAACACCUGCUCUUUCCAUGACAUAUACUGACCAGGUGAAUUAGUUUUGUGGCAAACAGUUUUGUGGCAAACUGAACUUCUGGCAAACAAUUCUGGGAAACUUGUGGCGAACAUUCUACUGUUUGCUGCAAACUCAUUAUGAAUAUGCAAAUUAAAUUAUAUCUUUGGUUACUUUGUAUAUUAACCAAAAUAAAAUGCCUUUUCUACAUAAACCAAAUAAAAUAUAACUUUAAAUGAACUUCCUUCUCACAGAGAAAACCUACUUAAUAUACAAAAUACUAAACAACAUGUAUUCAAUGUAUUAACGGAUACAAAUAAAUCCAAUACAUCUUUCUUAUCUCACAUUGAAAACAUUAUGCCAAGUGCUACAAUAUUAACUUUGAAAUCAUCAGCAUGCUAAUGAAGAAAAGAGCAAAGACUGAAUAUUUCUCAAAUAAAUUGUUUCAUAUUUUCAUGUAUAGUAGCUAUAACAUUUACAUGUGAGAAAUGUGAACACUAUGGGGAUGUUGACCUUAGGAUGUUUAAAGGGGCAACUACAGAAAUGAUGUGAGCCAAGUGAUAACUGAGCAAUGAGCUUUGAAACCCAGUUCAGAGCUAUUGACUUUCUGAGUGAACAUUGGAGAUUGCGGACCUGUGGAAGUCCUUCUUCUGAAGCUUGUUGAAUACAUGCACUUAAACAAUCAGAAAAUACAAAACAAAAGCGUCAUUAAGAUACUGAGAACAUUUUAUAUUUUGCCAUCUUAAAAAGGUAGUGUCACGUCCUGGCCAGUAUAAGGUCAAUUGGUAUUGUAGUUUGGUCAGGACGUGGCAGAGGGUAUUUGUUUUAUGUGGUUCGGGGUGGUGUUUUGGAAAAUAGGGUGUUUGAUUUAGUAUUUCCGGGUUUUUGGGUUAUGGUCUGUGUUUAUGUAUUUCUAUGUGUUAUCUAGUUAGUUGUAUGUCUAUGUUUGGUUAAUUGGGGUGGACUUCCAAUUGAAGGCAGCUGUGUGGUGUUGCCUUUGAUUGGAAGUCCUAUAUUAGUUGGGUGUGUUUGUUUGUCUAAUUGUGGGAGAUUGUUUUUGCAUUGCGUGUUUUGUAGCCUGUAAAACUGUUGCAUAAUCGUUGUUUAUUGUUUUUUGUAUCGUGUUCACGUUAGAGAUUUAUUAAAUUCAAAGAUGAACACGA